UGUCAAGUAAAAAUUGAUGCCAUAAGCGGCGUGCUUAUUUUUUUUUAAUUCUUGUUUAUUUUCAAAUUCACUAUAUUAAUGUUAUAACCUUCAAUCAUAAUGGCAGGAGUUCUUUUCGAAGAUAUUUUUAACGUUAAAGACAUGGACCCUGAAGGGAAAAAGUUCGAUCGUGUAAGUCGAUUACACUGUGAAUCAGAGUCAUUUAAAAUGGACCUCAUAUUAGAUAUAAAUUCUUGGAUAUAUCCAAUGGAGUUAGGUGAUAAGUUCAGGCUGGUGCUGGCGACGACGCUGAGAGAGAACGGUUAUCCUGAUGGUGGUGAAUGGAAUCCUCUAGAAACAGAGGGUAACAGAGCGGACAGUUUCGAAUAUGUUAUGUACGGAAAAGUUUAUAGGAUAGAUGGUGAUGAAGUCGCUAUGGAGCCCGCAUCGAGGUUAUCAGCGUAUGUUUCCUUCGGUGGACUAUUGAUGAGGUUGCAGGGGGACGCCAACAACUUGCACGGGUUCGAAGUGGAUCAACAUAUGUAUUUGUUAAUGAAGAAACUCGCUUUUUAGUUUCUAUGCUGAGUUAUUGCAUUUGUCAUUCCUUUUAUUAAACACUAAUUAUGGUUCCGAUGGCUUUAUUUAUAUUAUAUACAGGUAAAAUAUGUUUGUUUGUAUGUACGGGGUAAUAUACGAAACUUUGU